AUGCGUCCUCCUGCAUAUGGAGCGAAGUUGAAAAAGAAACGCCAGCAUACAUCAUCGGUCGACUUGGAUUCAAUUCAUCCCUACCGAGAUGGCGGCCCACUCCAACGCGCCAUUCAGGAUGAUUUACUGGACGUUCGGCCCUUAUUUUGCGAUUCGGUGGCAAGCCUGUCUGAAGGAUGCAACGUUCACCAUCCGAAUGGAGCGGCGUUUGCCAUUUACAAAGCAGUGUUCGGCUCGGCAAAGUUGGCUCUUCUGCAUACGCGGGUAGUACCUUGUAGAGUCGACCGCGAAGCCUACACGCAGCUUUUGUACGCCGCGUCGUUCAACCUACUGCAUAAAAGUUUUUGUGAGAAAACCUUCGAAUUCACGCAUGCGGCGUUUGCCCUGUUCUCAUUGUUCGUAUUGUACCACACGUGUCCUCUAGACACCGUACCACCGAUUGCAGGCUCCAACAAAGACGAACGUUUGGAGAUGUUUCCACUGGGGAUUCGAGAUCCUCAGAAUCCCCGAAGGCUCUACCAGCGAGCAUUUCACCAAAGAAUCCGAAUCGACCAGCUGCACUAUGAAUACUUGGACAGGCUUCGUGACAUAGCGCUGGCACAAAUCGGAAAAUGUGAAGAACGAAAAUGGCAAGCGGACUUGGAUCGGGUCACGGCCGCUGUGAACAUAGCACCACCAAGUUGUGAGUGCUCAUUGGCGACUGAUGUGGUUGCUGUUCUCGAUCGGCUAAGGGAGAAUUUUGAGUUUUGCUCGUAUACUGGCCCAAUGGGUUUGGAGGCUCUAGCUGGUCAUUCCGCGUACCCUUUCCCUGAAUCCAAAGUUGCAUGGUCUACACUGGGACGGUAUUCUUCUUUUGAUACCACGCAUAAUACAUCAGAGUUCUCUUCGGGGAACCCCUGCGAGUCUAAAGAAUGGCACGCAGAUCUGCAGAACAGUUUAGACAACUAUCUAGUCUGCCUUCAGUCGAUCCGACUACCUCCUGUGAAUCAGGGCACAAACAUCAAGUUCAAGCGUAUACGUGAAGGACUACUUGGAAUAUUUAAAAAGACGCGCUCUACCGAUUUUCUAUCAAAACUUUCGGAUAUUUUGCAUGGACGACAGAAUGCUUUAUCAAUAUAUGUCAAACCGCAAACUGUUUCAUUUGGCUCCAUUAUUCAUAUCGAGAACGCUGUGCAGCAGAACGCUGAGAGGAAACAGUCCCCAGGAAACGAAACGGAGCGGAUCUCUGAACAGGUACUUUUAGCAGACAGGGAACACUGGGGCACAGAUCUUGGGCCAUCCUUUGAGCUCCUUCUUCCAAGCAAUAUCUCGCCUGAAAUGCAAAGAAGUCUGCAGGAUGCUUUCGAGACCUUGCUAGAUCGCAAAGAAGGUUAUGCCCAGCAGCAGGCAAUGACUUUGGCUUCCCUUGACGAAGUUUCUACAGCUGGGGAACUUUCGACUUUGGGGAGGUCGAUGGAGAGCUCCACGACACUGGGGGUCGGUCAAGGUGCUUUGCAGGCGUUGUUGUCCAAAGCUAGUGAAGCUGUAGAGGAUGUGAGGCACCAGAGCAUACCGUUUGGAGGCUUCUUCUUAUCCACGGAGGAAGAUGAUGACAUAUCCACUCAACCAAGGAAUGCUAUGAAUAAAUACGGCGAGGCUGAGUCAAUAGACGAUGAUGCCGUUUCAGUGGCUACCGAAAGCGUUGGACGAGCUGCUUUGGACAGGCUACUUUCAGCCGUUUGCCCACUUCCACCCACGCCAGCACACUCACGCCAAUCCGUGACCCCCAGUCGCAAAGUUAACGCUAAGCGCAAACGAUCGCUAUCCUUUAGCCUAGCUGCAAGUACGCCACGCAAACGACCAGCGUUGAAUCCAUCCGGAUUACCAACGAAGGACGAAUCGUCUACCAACGAGUCUUUGGGAGAAGGUAACACUGGGUACUCUACUGAGGACAGCGAUGGGGAUGAUUCAUUGCUUUCCGCCUUUUCGUCGGAAUCAGGGACUACCGGACAAGGGAGCUCAGCUUUGAAUGUGCUUUUGUCGACAGUCUUGCUAAAAUAAGGGGCGAUGUGAC